UUUUCCACUUCAUACAGGCACCGAUGAACAACAAUUGGAGUUUUGAACGCUCCCUUGUUUACUGCAGCAAUUACUUUUGGCUGCGGCCUUCUCGCAAACACAUUUUAGCUGCUUCACCAUUUGUUUCAGGCCGGCUUCUUGAAUUUUAUUUCGCCUCAAGAUCCCCUUAGAUGACCCUGCAGGCUGCCCUUCCUAUAGAAUAGAGCUUCCGUGUUUCCAAAGUCUUCCAAACAAGUAAAACAUCAAAUAAAGUACAAUGAUGAGUGAUGGAGUCAAAGUAGAAGAAGUCAAAAUCGAGGACGUGGAAAUUGAAGAAACGGGUGAGACAGUCGUUAGCGAAGGAGGAGGAGGAGGAGGAGGUGGAGGAGGAGUGGGUGGCGAUGAGGCCCCACCUACAGCAGCAGCAGUAACAGCAGUGUCUUCCUCUUUCACACGCCACCACCUCCUCCUUCGUCGUCACCAGGGAGAGGAUGAAGAUGAAGGCGAAGUAGGCACGUUGGCGGUGAGUGGGGGCCCAGUGGUGGUGAGAGGAGAUUGUGGUGGCGGAGGGGGAGGAGGAGGAGGAGGAGGUGGUGGUGGUGGCGGCGGCGAGGAGGUGGUAAUGGGGACGUGGUGGUGAUGGGAGGGAGUGGUGCCACUACCCUCUACAGCAGGGAAGACGGUGCCACCGUCCUGGAAGCUGCCGACGGCACCACCACUGUCCUCCAACCCCAGCACACUCAGGGCUCUGCCGCCCACAGGCUGACAUUGACCGUCGAGGGCGGCGAUGGAGUCGUAAGCGGCGAGGGCGUCACCGCCAUCGUGGACAAUCGGGCGGGCACGGCCACCUUCGUCGAAGGCGCCGAAGUUGUUCGGACGGUUGCUGUGUCAUACGCCACGCCCAUUCUGCACCAUGUGUUCCUGCAGGCGGCCCCGCCCACCACAACUAUGCAUCAUCCGCACACCACCCAUGCCACCCUCCUCCAAACCACCCACGUGCCAGCCGCUGCUAUCAUUCAGCCUACUUCUACGGCACGGCGGCCGCCCACUCUCCAUACCUCCACUACACCCAUCAUUUUGCAGCCCGCCCGCGCAACACUAAAAGAGGAAAAUGGAGGCGGCCGUGUGAUGGGGAGUGGUUCAGUCACCACCACAACCACAACCUGCAGCAGCAGCAGCGGCACCACCCCGAUCUGUCUGGGCGAUGCCCCCACGACGGUGACAUCGUCGUCGACGUCGUCUUCAACCACCACCUCGCCCACGUCUUUGUCUUUCUCACCGGCGCCUUCCCCGCCCCUGUCUCUGUCGCCACCGUCUUCGUCGCCUUCGUCAGGUUUGGGACUGUCUUCUUCCUCUUCCUCGUCGUGCAAUUCCAAAGCCGACGACGAGCUGACGUCCCUCUCUUGGCUCCAGGACUCAAAUCUCCUAAGAGGUACUGCAUUAUCCCCUGUGAAACCCAGUCAAGGUCUAGGUGAUAUGAAUGGAGCUGAAGUAGUGAAAGCAGAAUCCCCAACAAGUGAUUAUGGGGAUGAAUCCUCAGAUGCUCUAGAACCUGGGGAAUUAACACUAAAUGAUCAACCUCAUACUCAACCCUCGCGUUCUCAACCCAUACCUUAUAAUCCUCAGGUCCACAUAAAAGCCAAGCCACCUUAUUCAUUCUCAUGUCUCAUCUUCAUGGCUAUUGAGGAUUCAAAUAACAAAGCUCUUCCAGUAAAAGAUAUCUAUGCUUGGAUAUUAGAACAUUUCCCAUACUUUCGAAAGGCCCCAACUGGCUGGAAAAAUUCUGUUAGACAUAACCUGUCGCUCAACAAAUGUUUCCGCAAAGUUGAAAAAGCACCAAACUUGGGAAAAGGGUCUUUAUGGAUGGUAGAUCCAGCAUAUCGUCCAAACCUCCUGCAAGCUUUAAGCAAGACUCCUUUUCACCCAUACUCCAACUUGGAUCGCAUAUACAUGGUCUCCACAAAAGCAGCCUUCCUUAACAAGCCAGUGUUGUGCAGCAGGCAGUUGGGUGAAACCCUCAGUAGUCCAAGUCAAGGAAGUACCCAAAGAGCAGCAGCUAGUCCAGAAACAGUAACUGUCAGUUCCUCCAAACCAGCAGGAGCAAAUGUUCCUAAUCCUGAGCUCUUCCCGUACUUAGCACGUCGUCUGGGCUCCUCCUCAGCAGGAUUGGAUACCCUUGGGUCUACAGGAUUGGGAACAUCGCCUUCAGGUGUUCACAGUGAGGAUGUUGAUGCAGCAGCUGCAAUGUUGGCUCUCAAGCAUGGACCUCGCAUUCUGACACCUACCAAUCUUUCAUAUUCUCGAUUAAGGGAAGGUAGAGACACAUCUGUUUUAUAUGAAGAAAAUACAAGCAGAAAGAGGAAACGGAAAAGAAAACACACUGAGAUUGGUGAUGCUCGUAUGAUGGUAAUCAGCUCAUCACCAAGCGAAGAUCAUUCUUAUACCUCCAUGGAUGGUGAAGAGGAGGAAUAUCCUACUCUUUUGCUGCCACCACCACCGCCAAGUCAGGCCACACCGACUACCUCUUUGGCCUCACAUUGCCAUCCCUCACCCUCUAAAAAAGUCCACCAUUCACCGACUUCGAGUGUGGAUGAAGCUUUUUCAGAUGACUCCUAUGACAGCGAUGUGGGCAGUGAAGCAUCCCAGGCAGAGAUGCGACAACUAGUUGAAGGAGCAGAUGCAUUACUUAAUUUGGCUGCUGUUGCAACUUCCCUUGCAUCAAAGCAUAUACUUGAAGGGGACUCGACAUCAUAUUCUAAUCAUCAUUAUCCAGAUUCUGCAAAUCAAAACACACAAAUGAAGAUUGCAUCAUUUCGUCCUCAGAAGCUGCAUAUCUUAAAAUCUCCAAAAUCUUCAAAAAUGUCUCUUGACAAAACCAAGAAUACUUCAGAAAUUCUCACCAAUAACAACACCAUUGUUAAUAACAACAACAAAAUCUUGAAAGUUAAAAGAUUUGGAGGGUCCCAGUUACAGGGAACAGUUAAGCAUUUGCCAGCAUCCCGGUAGGAUGUCGCUGUUGGGUGAACACCCUAAGCCAGCAAGACUCUCUUUCCCUUCAUGGAAGGUAAACUUAUCCAGAAUGACAAUUGAUGCUGGUAACUAAAUACUACCAUAGUAUAAUUUGGGUACUAAUGUGGAUUUUUAUAGUAAAUAAAAAAUACAAAACCAUUAGUUUUGUUGAAGUAGCUGUGUUGAAGAGAAAGUUUCAAGAAACACUUACAUGUAAAUUGUUAAUGUUGUAGAUAUUCUUCUCUUUGUUAUUUGCUAUAUCUUGUUUCCUUUACAAUUUGUUGGUCUUCAAAGCUGUUGGUGUGCGGAUUUCUUCAGUGCUCAUUUCAUUUAGUAGUUUAGAAGUUAGAACAUUUUUAUCAAGUACUUAGUCCUCUAACUUUGCUGUUUGUGUUAUGAGCCUGAUUUUCUAUAAUAUAUAUAUAUGUGUGUGCUGUAUCUUGCUGUCAGAGCAAAAUACAUUUUGUUAAUUCUUGGCAUUGAAAGUUUAGAUAGCAAUAAUUUAUGUUUUAAUGUUUAUAUAAACACACAAGAAUCACUUGCACUAGUCUCUUCUGAUUUCCUUCCGAGCUAGAAGGAAAUAACUUUGCAUAUGCAAUAAUAGGGCUUGUGUAUGCAUCAAAUGCAUUAUGAAGAAGCAAUACUGUUUUUACAUUUACUAUGUGUUAUUUUAUAAAUUGUUUAGAUAAUCCUCAGAUAAAUCUAAUAUUGUAAAUAAUCUUUGAUAGGCUUUAUUAGUUUGUACAUAAGGUGUAAAAUGAGAUUGAUUAUAUUGUAUAUGUUCUCCAGAUUAUAUAGAGUAAUAUAAACUACUAUGCCUGAUGAUUUUCAUGAGGUUGAUGUACAAAGAAAGAGACUAUUGUUGACUGCAGUUGUUUGUGAAGAUAGGAUGUUUAGCAAACUGUUUUUUGUAGCUUCUUUUGACAUUACUUUCAUGCUUUUCUGUAUGGUUAUGAGAGCUAUCAGGAAGUAACUUUCAGCCAUUUUUAGUGAAAUUUGUUCAGGAAGUUGUUAUAAAAAACACUUUUGCAAAUUUUAUCUUUCUAUCAUCAAGGAAAAUUGAAAUUUUAAUCCCAAUCAUAAGACAAAAGAAGAAAGCACAUUAUGUACAAUUACAAAAGUAGUCAUUGUAAUGGAGAAUUUGACACAGUAUUGUAUUGACUGUACAUAAAAUCAGCAGUGGCACAUGAUUUAUACAGUUUUAUUUUUAUACAUAGUUAUGUAUAUAUUAUAUUUUAGACUAGUAGUAAAUGAUGGCUAUAGUAUCCUUUUUACAAUUGUCCUGAGUAGCAGAAGUAAACAUUAUGUCAUCAGUACUCCUUAUAAUCGAAGUUUCUCUGUUAACUGCUUUGGAAGCAUAAAAUGAUACUUGUCUCUUCACUUAUAUGAAUUUGUGUCAUGUAUUAUGUUGCAGCCUUCCAAAGAUUUGAUGGUAGAUAUGUACUUUAACUGAUGAGAUUUUUUUGUCACAUUUGUUGUGCAUGGCACACUGCAAGUUAUUGGAAGAGCUAAAUAAAUGACAAUCUCAUGAAGAAAUCAGGCUUGGUAGUUUUCUGUUAAAUCCACCUGUGUCUUCCUUAUGAAAAAUGUCAAAGUUAUAAUAAUUAAGUACUACUUUCAAUGUUUAGUUCUUCCAAUUGGAGCUAAAGUCAUAUCUCUUAAAAUGUAAAAUCCAGAUUGACUGAAAAGACAAAUCCUUGUGAACUUUUGAUGUUUCCAUGAGGACAUCCAAAGGAAUAUUCUUAUAUUUUCUAAUCUACAGAAAGAGGGAAAAAAUCAAAGUUCAUCAAUGAAGAUUUGAGGUAUAUAAACCUCUUGGAGCAUGGUUGGGUCCAGUAUGAAGAUUUAAUUUUCUUUGUAUAUUUGUGCCAAAACUGCAAAAAAAAUGUCAAUUAUAACGCUGGUUUCCAGAAGCACAUGAAUCGGUUGUGCCAAAUAAGGGUGACAAAUAUAGGAAUGCCAUAGUUGGCACUAGCAGUUUUCUCCACCUAUAUGUAGAUAUAGCCUUACUUGUGGAAUAUAGUGUAGCAUUUUUUUCUAUAAGUAAAAUUGUUUAAAUAUGCUUUCUACCAGUUUAUAUAGACUUGAAUUUUGAGCAAGUUAAUGUCAAAAUGGCUUAAUUCUGUUCUUGAGAGUAUCUAAUGGGUAUAGCACUAAAAACUACAUUCAUAUACUUAUAUUAUUGAGAACUUUACUUGGUAUUUAGGAAAUGACAUUUUACAACCACAUUCCAUCAAUUGGAGGGGAAUCCACAAGGUUAAAACCCACUAUUGCAUUAGCAAUUGCCUUUAUAUACAAUAUCUUUACACAAGUGUAGAUCUAUGCAAGAUGUAGUUUUAGUCUGAUUAAGUGUUAAAUGCAGAUUCUUUUUUACAGAACCAAAUAUGAGCACGUUUAAUUUGAUCUUUCAUUCCUCUUUCUGUAAUUGAAAGAUUAAAUGCUGCUAUUGUAAGUUUAUGGAAAUGUGUGGUUAUUCUGCACAGAAGCAUUAUGAUUUACUGAAGCGCCUUGGAUUUAGUUGAAAUGCUAAGGCAUUUUAUGCAUUAACUUGCUUGAAGUCAGCAUUGUAAACUGGCAUUUGAAAUUUGAAUGAAAAUUUUUUAUAAUGAUGCUGAUGCAGUUAAAAUGCCAUGCCAUUAUUGCAUUUUAGAAAGAAACUUGCAAGUAUGACCAUAAGAAAUUAAAGUUCAGGAAAUCUUAAUUAUGAAUUGUGUAGUAAUUAUGACAGUGCAAAGACUUAUAAAUCUGAAAAGCUUUACUCAAUAUAAGGCUGUAUGCAAGUUUCCCUUCAAAUAGGCUGGUUGCGGAAUGUAGUUAUAUUUAAAUGCAUACUGUGUGUAUAUAUAUACACAUGUAGCAUUACUAAAGAAUCACAAAGAUUCAAAAUUUUCCUUUAUUUCUUGAAAGGGAUAAUGUCAAGACUUUCCUGUUGUAUGCAAUUCUGUUGAUACGCAUUUGUAAUAAUUAACGGGUUCUUAGUGUAACCAGGAUAAGGAGAUAAUUGCCAUGUUUUAUUUUUUAUUUAUUUAUUCAGAUUCAGUUAUAUUGUCUUUAGGUUGACUAUGGUGCCUGUUUACCACACAAAUGCUGUAGCUAUCAGAAUGAGAACUAUGGAAAUAACUAUGCAAAAUCAAGAAAACACUCUUAAAUAGCUACUUGGUAUAAAUCAUACUAUGUGGAUUGUCCUUGCCUCGUAUAUAACUAAUUUUACUCAUGAUUCUACAGAUAAGUCAUUAUGGAUAGUAUUCUUAUUGGGGUAAUAUAAUGCUUGAUACUUCAAAUGGUGUCAUGGUACCAUAGGUAAAAAUAUUUAUUGCAAACCAUCUGUGGGCAUGCGUAGGCACCAUUGAGCUAAAGAUAAGUAUGGGGUUUGUGGGGUGUCUGAAUUAAUUUUAAUGACAAACUGGCUCAAUGCCUUUGCAAUCUUAUUAGUUUUCACUCCUGUUUCCAUAAGUAAAAGUUUUAUAUAUUUUUUGCUUUGCAUUAUAUAACUAAAGAAUUUUUAGUACAGAAAAUAUAAAUCAAAUGUAUGCAUUUUAAAGUUCUUUUUAUACUAAAAAAGAAAAUUGCAACUUACUGUGCCUUAGUAACAAUACUGCUCUUUCUGCCUCAACAAUGUUAAGGGGCAUGUGUGCACAUUAUACUUCUUGUUCCUUUGGAAUUGCAUUUGUCUUUUAUGAUACUACAUUUUCAAUUUAUUGGCAUUCUUGGUAGUGGUCAAAUGCCUAUCAGUAUUUCUUUGUGGUUAUUGAUAAUUUGACCUUUAAAUUUGUAAAUUUUUACAUUUGAUAUUGCUCAUUAUGAAAGUAAGCUAUUAACAUAUUUUAUACAUGUUCUCAGGAGCUUUAAGCCAUUCUUGCAUUAUUCUGUGAAACAUUUCUCGUAAUAGUUUGAUACUUACACACGAAUGAUAUUCCUACUAUGCAGUUAUGCUAUAUUUUGCAGACAAAUCAAAUUAAUGGCAUCUAGAUGCAUGUAAAAGAAAGCUGUGUAAAAAAAGUUAUAUUUUUGGUAUUCUGUGUAAUAUGUUGUAAUGCUGCAUCACAGUAUUUUGUAUUUUUGAAGAUUAUUGUAAAAGACUCUGCAACAUAAAUAUUGUAAGGCAUGUUUUUAUGUACAUAUAUAUACAUAUACAUUAUGCAUAUAA